CUAGAUAACGAACGGUACUAGACGGUACGUACUUUGGGUAAAUUGAGGCUGUUGGGCUGCGCGAUUUUUUUUUUACUCUGAACCAGACCUUUGUAUAAUUCUUAGUCGUCAAAAGGAUGCAUUUACAUGCGUUAUUGCCUUUCGAACUUUCGUGAGCCCAUAAACUAGUUGACAAGCGGUUAUCUUCGUAAAAAGAAAGACAUGGCCGAUUUUGAACAGGUUGAAGAAGGCGAUGAAGGCCGCGGAAAUGAAGAGGAAAAAGUGGAAACAACCGAGAAGAAAGAAAAGCAAAUUUAUGAUCACCCUAUCUACAAAGAGAUUUCGUUGACUAACGGUAAAAUCAAUAAAAUGAAAAAAGAAGAGGUAAAGAAGGUGUUGAACGAAUUUGGACUUGAUUCCAGAGGGGUGAAAGAGGUUCUCCAAAAACGUCUUAAGACAUAUCUUAAAAAAGAAAAACUGAGGAAAGCAAAGAUAGAACUAGAAAAGAAAAGAAAGAUCCACUACUACUGUGUUAUAGACUUUGAAGCAACAUGCGAGAAAGAAAACCCUCAGGAUUACAAACAUGAAAUCAUCGAGUUUCCUGCUGUUUUAGUAGAUGGAAGUACUCUUGAAGUGGUCGAUAUAUUUCAUCAAUACUGCAGACCAGUACUUAAACCCAUACUAACAGAGUUUUGUCAGGAAUUGACGGGGAUCACACAAGAUGUGGUGGAUAAUUCAAUGUUUUUUGGACAAGUUCUAGAUGAAUUUCAUAUUUGGUUGAAAAAACAUGAACUUGGAACAAAGCACAAAAUGGCUGUAGUGACUGAUGGGCCAUGGGAUAUAGCAAGAUUUUUAGUUUUACAAUGUGAAAUAAGCAAUAUUAUGCUUCCAAAAUGGUCAAAACGCUGGAUCAAUUUAAGGAAACAUUAUCGUAACUACUACAAAACCAGAUGUAAGUUAAUUGACAUGUUGGAAAACCUUGGACUUCAUUUUGAGGGCAGACCUCACUGUGGUUUAGAUGAUUCCAAGAAUAUUGCAAGAAUUAUGAUUAAGAUGAUUCAGGAUGGGUGGGAACCGGAAUUUAAUGAAAGUCUUGGCUGAGGCUCUUGAUGCACURUAUAUAUUGCAUUUUUGAAAGGGGAAAAUGGUCAAUCUGACAGCAAUCUGACACACCCCCUUAACAACAUAAAUAUUAAAUAUUAAAAAAACUAAUUAUAUAUAAAUAUUAGAAAAAAUAUGUUUGGUUCCCCCUAAAAUCUCAGGCUCAGUAAUUUUCAUAUCCCCUAUAAAUUUGUGUGACCAAAAUUUUCAGAUCCCCCUAAAUUUGCCCCCCCCCCCCCCC